CUGUGUCCCUCGGACACAACGGAUCACGGAAAGAGCCGAAGAUGUCGGCUCGGUCAUGUGAUCAGCUGUGCCCAAUCACAGCUGAUCACAUGGGACAUGUACACUGAUCAUCAGGGUACUGAUGAUCAGUGUGCCCUGAUGAUCAGUGUGGCACCAGAAGUGCCACCUGUCAGUGUCCAUCAGUGCCAGCAGUCAGUGAUCAGUGCCACAUGCCAGUGCCCAUCAGUGCCACAUCAAUGCCACAUAUCAGUGCAUACCAGUGCACAUCAAUGCCACAUAUCAGUGCCCAUCUGAGCUGCCUUUCAAUGUCACCCAUCAGUGCCAGUCAGUGCCACCCAUCAAUGCCAAUCAGUGCCACCUAUCAGUGCUGCCAAUCAGUGCCACCUAUCAGU